GUCUAUGGAAUCACAGAACGGAAUCUUGUAAAAGAUUAGGCCAUUUCAUAAAACAAAUGUAUAGUAACUCGCAGAAAAUAUCUUCGGGACAGUUGUAUUUAUUUCAGCUUUGCAUUUUAUUUUAAAUUGAAUCGUGAGCUGCAUUGUAGGUCCAUUGAAAAGGAUUCGUCUUCGUCUCUUGCGGAAGGGUUAGCAGUCUCGAUUCUGCAAUAGAAAAGAUUUGCAUUAGAGGAGACGUAAGGUUAUUAGGGUGUUUGCUGGAGUUGUCGAACCAUUGACUCUUAGGGCUAGGAUGUCAGUGCUGAAUCAGAGCGGGGAAGAGCAGGUCACCAGUGUGGAAUGUCCGCUGUGUAUGGAACCUUUGGAGGUGGACGAUCUCAACUUCUACCCGUGCACAUGUGGCUACCAAAUAUGUCGUUUCUGCUGGAACCGCAUACGGGAGGGCGAGAACGGCCUGUGUCCCGCCUGUCGGAAGGCAUACCCCGAGAACCCGGCAGACUUCACUCCGCUCAGUCAAGAGCAGGUUGCAGCAAUAAAGACGGAGAAAAAGGCUCGCGAGCAGAAACGGCGGAACAAGACGUUGGAGUCGCGGCGAGCACUAGCGAAUGUUCGCGUUGUGCAGAACAACCUCGUGUUUGUCGUUGGACUGCCUGUUCGGCUCGCCGAUCCAGAGAUCCUAAAGAGGCAGGAGUACUUUGGCAAAUAUGGCAAAAUUCACAAAGUAGUUAUAAACCAAAGUACUGCAUAUGCAGGGUCACAGGGUCCGUCGGCGUCGGCGUACGUGACGUACGUGUCGCCGGCGGACGCGUUGCGCGCGAUACAGGGCGUCAACAACGUGACGCUGGACGGACGGGUGCUGAAGGGCUCGCUCGGCACCACCAAGUACUGCGCCAACUUCAUGAAGAACCAGCCCUGCCCCAAGCCCGACUGCAUGUAUCUGCACGAGCUAGGUGAUCCUAAAGCUUCGUUUACUAAGGAGGAGAUGCACGCGGGCUUGCAUCAAGUGUAUGAGAGGAAAUUACAUAAUCAAUUGCUGCAAGCGCAGCGGGAUAAACCCGACGAGAAGCAAGCAUCAGGCAACCCUAGUACGAAUGCAGAAAAAGGCAGUUCAAAAGAUGGUAAUCAAUCGAACUUUAUACCGACAACAGUGGUCACCUCGUCACAUAUAAAUGUAGUCAAUUCAUCUAAGUGUAAGAAGGAAGGGUCUAGCAACAGUAAUAGUAAUAGUACCGUGAGCAGCAGCAGCAGUAACGGUAGCAGCGGUAGCAGCGGCAGUAGUGGCAGCAGCGGCAGCGGGAAGGAGGCGUGGCCCAGCUUGGGAUGUUCACCACCCACCGGUAGCCCGGCCCGGACACUGCCCAACAUACCCAGCCCCAGACCAGUUAAAUCACAAGAAAAUGGCACAUCAGAAUCAUCAAGUCCCACACUCCUACAACAGCACCAACAGACAAAAAGCAAAGAUCACACAGACACAAAAACCAAUAGAAAUAAAGAGAACGGCACAAAUAUACAACAGGCGAAGAAGAGCAAAAACGACAAAAAGAAAAUUAGCAAUAGUAUACACGACAUCAACGACGACACGGAUAUUAGGAAACAAUACAAUUGUGCACAGACGCAGUCUGUGUUCGAAAGUGAAACACAAAACUUCCUAACAAACGAUUUAGAUGAACUCGAAUCAGAUAGACACAGCUUAUUGGAAAACCACAAUUUAUUAGAUAAUAGCGAUCACAGCUUACUAGAGGAUGACAACACACACAAUCUAUUAAAUGAUGCUAAUAAUGAAGUCAUGAUGAUGCAGAGGCACAGAGAAAUGCUCGCUGGUCUUGUCGACAAUAAUCAUGUAAUGCCACACAUGAAGAGCUCUUUAGUCAAUGGUUACGGGUUAUUGGAUAGAGAUAUGACUUAUAUAGGUAACGAUAGGCCUCUUAGUCAAAUUAGCCAAGGUCUUAUGGAUCAGAAAGAAUUGAUGUUAAGAGAAAGGAGCAGGAGUGAAAUGAUGAUGAGACAGAAUGAGCUCUUGGCGAGACAGCACAAUGUAGUCAUUGAACCUAAACACUAUAUGCCCAUAUCUAGUAUAGCGCUCGAGUCUGCUAGUGAAAUAUUAGGUGCUAAUUUUCAUCCAAAUCCCAAUAUACUUCCACCAUUUGGAAUGCGCAUAGAUAAUUCAAUGGGCACUAGCGGUAUGUCCGGAAAUAUGCAGUCCGGACCUAGUCUGGCGUCCGGUGUGUCCGGCAUGACUAAUAAUAUGGGCUUCAUGAUGCACAAUCAACAGAUGAUGCAACAACAGGGGCUAGUGAACGGGUUCGAUGCCCCGCAAAAUACAAGCGAGGGCCGGUAUUUGGCUGAGAACAUGGACAAGUUCUUCACUGACUUCCACAAAACGCAACAACUUAGGCUGAUGAGUCGCGGCGACGAUACAAGAUACCACGAUCAACAACACUAUCCGCACAACAUGCUUAGUGCUGAAAGAUUAGAGAUGGAACACAAACAGAGGAUGAGCAACAUGCGCGGGGAGGGGGCGGGGCCGCGGGCCGCGGGGGACGGGGACGAUGACCUCGACUUUGAUCCAUUCAAAGAAACACAGAAGGCGCUCGCCGAGAUGAUGGAGACAGAGAUGAUGCAGAACACAGUACCCAGCGGCGAUAGUAUGGACCGCGUACGACGGUCCCGUCUCGCCCCGCCCGGGUUCAGUCACAUGCCGCCCGCGUACAACAACAUGCAGAGACAUGCCAACGCUCACAACCACCCAGGUUAUAGCUCGAACACAGCAACGUUCGCAGAUUGGACACAAAUGGACCCGGCUAUAAUGUCGACGUCAGUGCAGAACUUGGGCAAGAGCGCCCCCCCCACCUCCGCCCAGCUCAGCCAGCAGCAGCAGGAGCUGUUCGCGCGCUUCAACCAGCUGGGCGUGGGCCCCCCACAGCCUCCCAACGGCCUCAACAAACUCCAGCUGCCGCUCCUGCAGCAGUGGGGGCAGCAGCCCCAGAAACUAGCCUGGGGACCCUACAACGGCAUCCCGCUGCCCCCCGGCUUCGCCCCCGCGAAACCCCCCCAACAUCCCGCCGAAUGCAUCGACGCCAAGUAAAACACAACAAAGAAACGAAACAGUGCAAUCUUUAAUAAAAAAAUAAAAUAAAAUAAACCACAGCGGAUAUUAUAAAAUUUUCUAUUUCAGUAACGUUUAUGUUUCUUUCCGCCGGUGAUUUGUGAUCGAUAAAUCUUUGUAUUGAAUUGAGAAGAGCAUUAUUUAAAGAAAAAAAAAAAAUACGAGAGAAAUAUGAUAACAGAGGAAUUUGUAAAAUAAAUUAACAUAUUUGUUUUAU